AUGGAGGCAGUGGUCGUUGAUGCGGUGUCCAAGCUGCUGAAGGCCGGCAUCGCGUUGUCCGAGAUCUCCUCUGCUCCCUGGGCUGGUGAUGCCCUCGAAUGUGAAGACGGGCUGAGAUGGCAGGCUGCUAGUUGCCUCGGCCUCGAAGAUGAAGAUGAAGGUGGAGGAGAGCGAGCGUGGGUGAGAUUGCGGGCUGUUGGUUGCCUCGGCCUCGCACAGGUACACAAACUCCACUUCUUUCACCAGCCACCCUCCCCUCUGCGCCCAGCUUGUGGAACACCUCCACACCAUCUUCGGAGCCGCCUGCCGGUGGUCGUGCUGAAGGUGUCCCUGCACUACAAAGUGUGCGCUGGCAAGGUGAAGAAGCACCUCACCAAGAUGGAAGCGCAUGGAUGCAAUGGUGGCAAGAAGAUCAUGGUCGUGUGCAUCAUCAAGCACACCAUGGCGAGCAUCCACCUCCUCACAGUGGCAAGAAAAGUAGGUGCCUAG